CCAUAUCAAGGGAAAGGCGAGUCAUAAAAUAGUCAGCGAUGCCCGGAAUUUGCUGUGCAAUAUGACCCAUCGUGGUGCGGUUGGGUCUGAUGCGAGGGACGGCGAUGGAGCUGGAGUGAUGACCAGCAUCCCGCACAAGUUCUUUGUGAAGCACUUCGCACGGGAUGCCGGCGUCGAGCUGCCGCCGAUCGGCCAGUAUGCCACGGGAAACUUGUUCUUUAAACCUGACCCUGAGGCACUGAAAGAAUCUAUAGUUACCUUUGAAGAACUGGCCAGAGAGCUCCAGCUGCGCGUGUUGGGCUGGCGUGAUGUCCCGCGCGAUUCCACCUUGCUGGGCCCUGCGGCGCUUUCCCGCGAGCCCAUUAUCAUGCAACCGUUCGUUGUGCUUCACUCUGCCUAUGGCGACGGGACGAGGCCACAGAAUACAGACCCAGACCAGUUCGAUGACCGCGCUUUCGAACGCCAGCUGUAUUUCCUUCGAAAACGCGCGACUCAUGUACUGGGCCUUGCCAACUGGUUCUACGUCUGUUCCCUUAGCAACCGCAACAUCGUCUACAAGGGCCAGCUGGCUCCCGUCCAGGUCUACGAGUACUAUCAUGAUCUGGUCUCCGUUGACUAUGAAGGCCAUUUCGCGUUGGUCCACUCCCGGUUCUCCACAAACACAUUCCCAUCCUGGGAUCGCGCUCAACCCCUGCGCUGGGCUGCGCACAAUGGCGAAAUUAAUACUUUGCGCGGCAACAAGAACUGGAUGAGAGCCAGAGAAGGCGUUCUGCGAUCGGAGAUUUUCGGUGAUGAACUGGACUAUCUCUACCCGAUUGUUGAGGACGGUGGUUCAGACUCCGCCGCCUUCGACAAUGUGCUCGAACUACUCACCAUGAACGGAGUUCUGUCCUUGCCAGAAGCCGUGAUGCUGAUGGUCCCGGAGGCGUGGCAGGACAAUCCUGCGAUGGACCCCGCAAAAGCUGCUUUCUACGAAUGGGCUGCUUGCCAGAUGGAGCCUUGGGACGGCCCUGCGCUCUUCACCUUCUCUGAUGGUCGUUACUGUGGCGCUAACUUGGAUCGCAAUGGUCUUAGGCCCUGCCGUUACUACGUUACGGAUGACGAUCGUAUCAUUUGCGCAUCCGAAGUCGGUGCUAUUCCAUUUGAUCCCGAGCGCAUUGUUGAAAAGGGGCGUCUACAGCCCGGAAAAAUGCUGCUCGUUGACACUCUGGCUGGAAGGAUCAUUGAUGACGCUGAGUUAAAGAGCACUGUUGCCAGCCGCCAUGAUUUUCGAGCUUGGAUUGAAAGAGAGCUACUUCGCCUCCCUGAAAUUCAGAAAAGCCUGAUGCAGAAAAAUGUUGACCUAACAUACGCUUUGGACGAUUCUACAGUCCAGGGUGAUGUAAGACUCCAUGCUUUUGGCUAUUCAUACGAGCAAGUCAGUCUCAUUUUGGGUCCAAUGGCAGCAGAUUCGAAGGAGGCGCUUGGAUCUAUGGGUAACGAUGCCCCUCUUGCAUGUCUUGCUCAACAGCCACGGCUUCUAUAUGAAUAUUUCCGUCAGCUAUUUGCGCAGGUCACCAAUCCUCCAAUCGAUCCAAUUCGAGAGGCAAUUGUCAUGUCUCUUGAGUGCUACGUGGGUCCGCAAGGGAAUCUUCUGGAGAUGGAUUCUUCGCAGUGCCAUCGCCUCCUGCUCACUUCACCUAUUUUAUCACUGGAUGAGUUCAGUGCGAUCAAAAAUAUUGCGUCAAUCCAUGCCGACUGGCCCGUCAAAACGAUCGACAUCACGUUUGAGAAGGCAAAAGGAGUUCAAGGUUAUUUGGACGCUCUGGAUGAUAUCUGUAACGCCGCAACGGAAGGUAUUCAAAACGGCGAUAAGGUGCUUAUCCUUUCCGACAGAGCCACCUCCGCUGACCGCGUUCCUGUCUCUGCUCUUCUUGCCACUGGCCUCGUCCACCAUCAUCUCGUUCGAAACAAGUGGCGGUCGCUAGCUGCUUUGAUUAUCGAAACAGCAGAAGCUCGAGAGGUACACCACAUGUGCGUCCUUCUUGGGUAUGGUGCGGAUGGUAUCUGCCCUUACCUGGCUAUGGAAUGCAUUCUGAAGAUGAACCGUGAGAACUUGAUCCGCAAGGAACUUUCUGACGAGAAGGUCAUCGAAAACUACAAGGCGUCAGUUGAUGGCGGUAUCCUCAAAGUAAUGAGUAAAAUGGGCAUCUCAACUCUCCAAAGCUACAAGGGCGCCCAGAUCUUUGAAGCCCUCGGAAUCGAUGACAGCGUUAUUGAUCGUUGUUUUGCCGGCACUGCCAGUAGAAUAAGAGGUAUGACAUUUGAGCAGAUUGCGCAGGAUGCAUUUGCCUUCCACGAGAAAGGCUUCCCAUCGCGAAUUAUUCGUGAAAUCCCUGGUUUGGCUGAAUCCGGCGAAUAUCAUUGGCGUGAUGGUGGCGAACACCAUGUCAAUGAUCCCAUCAGCAUUGCCAACAUUCAGGAUGCAGUUCGCACGAAGAACGACAGAUCUUAUGAAGCGUAUGCACGCUCAGAACAUGAGCAAAUCAAGAACUGUACCUUGCGUGGAUUGCUCGAUUUUGACUUCGAACAACGCACUCCAGUGCCAAUUGAUCAAGUCGAGCCGUGGACUGAAAUAGUUCGCCGUUUUGUCACUGGCGCCAUGUCUUAUGGGUCCAUUUCCAUGGAAUCUCACUCUACCCUUGCUAUUGCAAUGAAUAGGCUUGGGGGCAAGUCGAAUACGGGAGAGGGUGGUGAAGAUGCGCAGCGUAGCAAGGUGAUGGAGAAUGGCGAUACAAUGAGAUCCGCCAUCAAGCAGAUUGCUUCUGGCCGAUUUGGUGUUACUUCCAGCUACCUUGCUGACGCCGAUGAACUUCAAAUUAAAAUGGCCCAGGGUGCCAAACCUGGUGAAGGGGGAGAGCUUCCUGGCCAUAAAGUUUCCGCUGAGAUCGGCAAGACCCGCCACUCCACCCCUGGCGUAGGCCUUAUUUCACCACCACCGCAUCACGAUAUCUACUCAAUCGAAGAUUUGAAACAACUCAUAUACGAUCUGAAGUGUUCGAAUCCUCGAUCGCGCGUUUCUGUCAAGCUCGUCUCUGAGGUGGGCGUUGGUAUUGUUGCUUCUGGUGUGGCCAAGGCCAAAGCAGACCAUAUCUUGAUCUCAGGUCAUGACGGAGGCACCGGAGCUUCUCGAUGGACUGGAAUAAAAUAUGCUGGGCUUCCCUGGGAGCUCGGUCUUGCAGAGACUCACCAGACACUGGUUCUUAAUGAUCUUCGCGGCCGUGUUAUUGUUCAGACUGAUGGCCAGCUACGCACUGGUAGGGACGUGGCUAUGGCGUGUUUGCUUGGAGCAGAGGAAUGGGGCUUUGCGACGGCGCCUCUCAUUGCUAUGGGUUGUGUGAUGAUGCGCAAAUGCCAUUUAAACACCUGUCCAGUGGGGAUUGCAACCCAAGAUCCCUUUCUCCGACAAAAAUUCAAAGGGACCCCUGAACACGUUAUCAACUUCUUCUACUAUAUUGCGAACGAAAUGCGAGCGAUCAUGGCCAAAUUGGGAAUCCGCACUAUUAACGAGAUGGUCGGCCGUGUUGACCUGUUGAAGAUGCGGGAUGAUCUCCCUUCAUCCAAAAUGGAAAAUAUCGACCUGUCUCUCAUUCUCACUCCCGCCCACUCUCUGCGCCCUGGGGUGGCGACUUACAAUGUUCGAAAACAAGACCACCGCCUCCAUGUCCGUCUGGACAAUAAGCUCAUUGCAGAAUCUGAACUGGCGCUGGAAAAAGGCUUGCCAUGCCGUAUUGAGUGUGACGUCGUUAACACUGACCGCACAAUGGGUGCUACUCUUUCAUACCAGAUUAGUCGUCGCUAUGGGGCGGCUGGCCUUCCACAAGACACUAUUCACGCAAAUAUCAAAGGAUCCGCAGGUCAAUCCUUCGGCGCGUUCCUUGCACCCGGUGUAACCUUAGAGCUUGAGGGUGAUGCCAAUGACUAUGUUGGUAAAGGCUUGUCAGGAGGCCGUUUGAUCGUGUAUCCUCCUCGCAGCGCGGUUUUUAAAUCCGAGGAGAACAUCAUUGUUGGGAAUGUCUGCUUGUAUGGCGCCACACUUGGUCACUGCUACUUCCGCGGUGUAGCUGCGGAACGAUUUGCUGUACGUAACUCUGGCGCCACAGCGGUCGUAGAGGGAGUCGGUGAUCAUGGUUGUGAAUACAUGACCGGAGGCCGUGUUCUGAUUCUCGGACCGACUGGCCGAAAUUUCGCAGCUGGAAUGUCUGGCGGUAUCGCCUAUGUCCUCGACGUGAACCGGGACUUUCACUCGAAAAUUAACAUGGAAAUGGUUGAAGUUUCUGGGGUAGAAGACCCAGCAGAGAUUGCCUUCUUACGCGGGCUCAUCGAAGACCAUCAUCACUAUACCGGCUCAGAGCUUGCAGCCCGUAUACUUCUUGACUUUACUCGGGCCCUAAACCAUUUCGUCAAAGUUCUUCCCACCGAUUAUAAGAGGGUACUAGAGGAGGAAGCUAGAAAGGCUGCCGCCGCGAAAAAGCCUGAGUUCACUCUUCCAUACCAGUCCGGAAAUCCUACAGGGGAAUCCGCUAAAAAGCUCCACGAUAAUCGCGAGGAAACCAAGAAAAGUGAUCUUCUAGAUAUCGAGGACAGCGUUGGGGACUCGAAGACGGAGAAAAAGCGCACUGCCUUGAUCCUCGACAAAACCAAAGGUUUUAUGAAGUAUAACCGCCAUAGCGAGAAAUAUCGUAACCCAAGGACUCGAACUCGUGACUGGGCAGAGUUGAGCACACGUCUAACGGACGAUGAAUUGAAGUACCAGUCCGCUCGUUGCAUGGACUGUGGUGUUCCCUUCUGUCAAUCCGAUACUGGAUGCCCCAUUUCCAACAUUAUUCCCAAGUGGAAUGAACUUGUCUUUCAGAAUCAGUGGCAGGACGCGCUUAAUCGGUUGCUCAUGACAAAUAACUUUCCAGAAUUCACAGGUCGCGUUUGCCCAGCUCCUUGCGAAGGCGCUUGCGUUCUUGGAAUCAUUGGAGACCCCGUUGGUAUCAAGAGUAUCGAGUGCGCAAUAAUCGACCGUGGCUUUGAAAUGGGCUGGAUGGUUCCAACUCCCCCAGCAAUUCGCACAGGCAAAACUGUCGCCAUUAUUGGCUCGGGCCCGGCUGGCCUUGCUGCUGCGGAUCAGCUCAACCGUGCUGGCCACAGCGUGACUGUAUAUGAGCGUGCCGACCGUAUUGGAGGCCUGCUAAUGUAUGGCAUUCCAAACAUGAAGCUUGAUAAGAAGAUCGUUCAGAGACGGGUUGAUUUCAUGGAGGCGGAAGGUAUUAAGUUUGUUACCAACACUACCGUCGGACCAGAGGGAGAUAUAUCUCUGGAGCAAUUACGGAAAGAAAGCCAGGCGGUCAUAAUCGCCACUGGUGCGACGGUUGCAAGAGACUUGAAGAUCCCCGGCCGUGAACUCGACGGUAUUCACUUCGCCAUGGAGUUCCUCCAUUGCAAUACCAAAUCCUUGCUGGAUUCUGGAUUGUCUGACGGUGAAUACAUCUCCGCCAAAGACAAGCACGUUAUUGUCAUUGGUGGCGGCGAUACUGGUAAUGAUUGUAUCGGCACCUCAGUCCGCCAUGGGGCCAAAUCUGUGACCAACUUCGAAUUGCUCCCGCAACCGCCCCCAGAACGGGCUCGUGAUAACCCAUGGCCUCAAUGGCCUCGCAUCUACCGUGUCGACUAUGGGCACACCGAGGUGAAGACUCAUAUGGGCAAGGACCCCCGCGAAUACUGUGUAAUGUCGAAGGAAUUCGUCGGCGAGAACGGCGUGGUUAAAGGAAUCAACAUCAAUCGUGUCGAAUGGACCAAGAGUCCGUCUGGCGGCUGGGACAUGAAGACGGUUGAGGGUAGUGAGCAAUUUUUCCCCGCAGACCUUGUUCUGCUCUCUAUGGGUUUCUUGGGACCUGAGGACAGGCUGCUCGGGGACGAAAUUGAAAAGGACGCCAGAAAGAACAUCAAGACACCCCCCGGCCAGUAUUCAACCAAUGUACCAGGUGUUUUCGCUGCUGGCGACUGUAGGCGUGGACAGUCUCUGAUUGUUUGGGGUAUCAAUGAAGGUCGCCAGGCUGCCCGCGAAGCCGACGCGUACUUGAUGGGUACAAGCUCUCAACUUCCUGUAACUGGAGGAAUUGUCCGCCGUCCUGCGAUUGACUCUGUGCCUAUAGCGCAAGCGCAGGCCGCUGCCGCGUAAAGCUUGAAUGAUAUCUUACUUAAGCGCCUGCCAGAGGCAACUUUCCGGAUGCAUCUACGCUCUUGUAUUUAAAACAGUGGACAUUAUCGAUGCCACCGCUAGCUCGGGACGACGAUAAGCGGGGCAAAUUGGACCCAGAGAAGUACGAUGCUGAUACAUCUGGCGACCUGUCAUGGACUUCAGAAGACGGAAUUGUUAUUUCUCAUUAUUAAUAACAUACUCUCAACGAGCGAUGUGGCGGGAAUUUUGAGAUGCAUUGAGCGACUUUGAUAUUUGUUCGUUGUUUGAUUUUUCUUCCCUUAUUUUUUGGGGAAAAGAGGGGCCAAUAUAUAUAUAUACCCAGCGUAUUUCAGCUUCUUUUGGCAUUAGUUGCAUUUUGUUACUUCGUUUUUGGGGAUUUCUUUCCUCCUCCUUGCCCCCCCCCUUCCCUCUUCUUCGCGCGUCGGUUUGUAACAUUUGGUUAAAAUUUGUCAACUUUCUUGCUUCUGAACGAGUUCCAACCUUGUCGGCUCCUUCUAUGUGCCUGCCAUGUGUGCGUGUAUAUAUAUAUAUAUAUAUUUAUUUAUACAGCUUGUCUCUUUUCCCUUGCGUACGUACAUCCUUUUUCUACCAAUCUCCGUCUCGAGUUGUGAAAGAGGAUUGGAGAAGAGAAGGACAACUGCGCAGCUCGAUUGAAAACAUGGUUGCGAAACUAGGAAUUUAUUAAGCAAUACCCGCCCUAAUCUCUUUCGGCACCCAAAUCUCAUCUCUUAAGCUAAGGGUUUCUUGCAGCCGUGUGAAUGUAUUAUAAUAGGCUGAGCUUUGUGACGAAAUAAUAAAAUGGGAUCUAAGAUAAGAAUCAGAGUAAAAUAUUGUUACAAGGUAUAUAUAUAUAUAUAUAUAUAUCUAGUCAAACA